AUGGUCGCCUUCACUCUCGCCCUUUCUGCUCUCUCCCUCGUGUCUGCUGGUGCCAUUCCCAGCGGCGACGGUGACGUUCAAUUAGGCGGCUUCGCAACGUGGUUCACACAAGAUAAUAACGUCGGUACUUGUGGUACUGUUCACAGCGACAACGACCUGAUUGCUGCCAUUGAUGUCGAGCGUUAUGGUGACACCGGAAAACAGUCUGCUCUCUGUGGAAAGCAAGUAUCGAUCACAGAUAUUGCCAACGGCAAGUCUGUCGUUGUGACCAUCGUAGAUGCAUGCGUUGCUUGCGUCAACGGAAAUUCCUUUGAUCUCUCCUUAGCGGCCUUUCAAGGGCUCGACGAUUUGGGUGUAGGUAUCCUCAGCAUUGAAUGGAGUUUCCUUUGA